GAGGAGGAGAACCGGGGGGCGGAGCGAUAAGUGAAGGGGCGGGGAAUCCCGUCGUGACGUCGGCGCUGUCCCAGAGCAGCUGAGAGGAGUCGGAGGCGGCUGAGGCGGACGAGAGAAAGAAGGGGGCGCUGUGCGGCGGUCCGGACCCUGCGCUGAGGGAGUUACAAGGCCGGCGCUGGAGCUGGCAUCCGGAAAGCCAAGCGAGCAUGGAGGCCGCGGCCGGGCCAGAGCUGCAGGUCGGCUCCCUGGUACCGGUCCUGCUGGAGCAGAUGGUAAACGACACGCUGGUGGUGACACUGAGCUGCGGGGGGAAGCGCUACAGCGGGAUCCUGCUGGACUGCAGCAAGAAAUCUGGGUUGUUCUGUGUGCCGCCUACUCCAUUUCCAAAGCACGAUGAACCACCUAUGGAUAUUACUCCUACUGAUGUUGAACAUCCACCGGCUGAAGCAGCUCUUCAAGAUGUUGGCCAACCUGUACCAAGCAACAAUCAAUGCCCUCCUCUCCUUCCACCCCCAGGGACCGCUCCUUCUUAUCCUCCUUACUUCGAAGGUGCCCCCUUUCCUACACCUCUGUGGCUGAGGCACUCCUACAAUCAGUGGGUCCCGCAGCCACCCCCACGGACUAUUAAAAGGACAAAAAGACGAAUGGCAAGAAAUAGAGACUCAGGGAGGCUCAUAAUGAGCACCAUUCGACUAAGGCCGCGGCAAGUCCUUUGUGAGAAGUGCAAAAACACACUAAAUUCCGAAGAGUCUGAUAAAGAUAAACAGAAUGACUCUAGAAAUGGUAGGAUAAAUUCCGAAGAGUCCGAUAAAGAUAAACAGAAUGACUCUAGAAAUAGUAGGAGGCUUAAUGGUGAUGAUAAAGAGAAAACUAAAUCUCAGCCUAACUGUGAAGACCUAAAGACUAUGAAAGACAAAAAAGAUGAACAGAGUACCCCUAAGGACUUGGUGCACAGAAGUCCGGUUAUAAAGAUCUCAUACAGUACUCCACAGGGUAAAGGGGAAGUGGUUAAGAUUCCAUCACGUGUCCAUGGCUCUGUUGAGCCUUUUUGUCCAAACCAGACUUUACAAAAUGGAAGCAGGGACCAAGAAAUGCCAAAGGAUGUUGAUAGACAUCAUACGCCCAGGCGCUUAGUGGAUAAGUCAACGAGUAACCAGUUAGCUUCCAUUCCAAAGUUAAAGUUACCUAAACCCUCGCAUUCCAGUUUGGAGGCGCCACCUCCCAAAAUCAGGUUAAAACCACAAAGGGGUAGUGGCGGACAGAGUGUUUCUGUAUAUAAGUCUGAGCUUAUAGAUGGGAUCCAUGAUCACCAAAACAGCAGAGGGUCUGAAACAGAUUCUUCUUCCUUUUAUAUGGAUGACUCCAGAGAAAGAAGCUUUCAUGAUGUCUCCUUGGGGAGUUCGGGGGAAGAUGAUGACUUUAAGGGGUUUCCGCACACCAGAGAAGGACACAACCUAAAUUUACUUAGGGGUUACCGGAAAAGGAAAGCCGAUUCUUCUAGUGCUUCUUUAUGUAGCAAUGACAGUUUAGAUGAAUCCAAAUCCUCUUGCCUGGAACUAAAUGGCAUGGAAUUUUGCGACCUUCUUCCUGGAGAUGACCUCUCUGUGUCGUCUUCCAAAGACGAACAAAAAACGGUUCCACCUCUCACGGUCAGGCUGCACAGUAAAAGUGUUUCGAACUGCAUUAAUGUAGAAGGAAAGACCGUUUCAGUGGGGGAUAUAGUAUGGGGAAAGGUUCACGGGUUUCCAUGGUGGCCUGCAAGAAUUCUUAGCAUUAAUGUCAAUCAAAAAGCGGACGGAGAUCCAUCGUGGCAAGAGGCGACCGUUUCAUGGUUUGGUUCUCCGACGGUUUCUAGUUUAUCUGUUUCAAAACUUUCCUCAUUCUCUGAAUUCUUCAAGCUAAGGUUUAAUCGCAAGAAGAAAGGAGUGUACCGCAAAGCUAUUGCCGAGGCUGCUAAAGCUACUGAUCACCUGACUCCAGAAAUUAGGGAACUGUUAACGCAAUGUGAAACGUAGCAUUAGGACCAGAAGCAGAUAUGGUGAGAACCCACAGCUGCUCCCUCCUCCUAAAAACAUCCUGACAAGUCCCACUGGAGACUCCUGCCAUGGUACAUCCUUGAGAGGAAGACGAGGCACCCUGCCAACUGUCACCUGACCGCCGCGCCGCCCUUGUUGUACCAAACUGACACGAGGAACUCACAGAGACGUCAUCCACGACUACCAAACCCCUCUCGAUUCCAUUUCCAAUCGAGGAACAAACUCUUAUUUAUUACUGAAAGGAAAUCUACUUUUUGUUAAAAACCUAUAAAACCCCCUCUUGCUGCUGCUUAGUGUACAGGUAACGGACUAAAGCUGCCACACACGACGGAAGUAUUUAAUCCGUGGAUACGACUGCAAUAGGAUUCUCGCCGUAGGGCUCUUACAAGUGCUAACGAUUCAGAGAGAAAUCAUCCAAACGCACCUUCGCUUAUUCUCCCGCUCACAUUUCGUUUGUUUUCUGAGAUUUUUGCCAAAUUUUAUAGUAGGUCCCGUGGUAACUGCGGUUCUUUAACUUGGUUUAAUAGUGAUUGUAACUCUAGGUUAUACAACAAAAAAAACUGAAGUUUAUAUUUUUUACCAAGAUGACAAAAAGGUGUUUUAUUUCUUUUUAUCCCAAGAACGGUUAAUCUGCGCUAGAGGAAAAAUAUACCCGCGUCAGCAAGGUUUAUCUAUAUCCCUAAACAGAAAACAAAGGUCUGGAUUUACUAAAAUAUAAUUACUAGAUUGCCCCGGUGCAUUUACUCAUUACAACCAAUCAAAGCUUAGCUUUCAUACUGGUCAGAACUAUAUGCUCAUUGGUUGCUGUCGGUGGAUACACUAGGUACAGUUUAGCACCUAUGCAAGUAAAGGAGCCUUAUGAGUGAAGACCUGGUAUUCUUUGUACACAAAACAUUCCGGGGCUUAUUUACUAAUAUAGGUGCUGACUUACAGUAAUGGAUUUACGUACAUGACUAUGGUACAUGGGGUAUUUUGUCCGUCACUGCCUUUUAGAUGUAAAAUGGAAAGUACCCCAUAUGACGCAUGGUGGACCUCAGAUCUAUAAAGUUUUGGGGCAAAGUUCUGCCCCAUGAGUUCCCAUGAGUCAUAGCCCACAGGAACCAAUCAAACCUUAGCUUUUUUUUUUUUGUAGCUUUAGGCUAAUGCCAGAUGAGGCGUAGGGCAGAAAAUACCGCCCUACGCCUCCUACAUGUGUCUGUUCAUUCGGGUGCAGGCACAAGUAGGAGGCGUAGGGCGGAAUUUUCGGCAAGCGUUUUUCUGCUUGCCGAAAAUAUCCGCCCUACUCCUCGUCUGGUAUUAGCCUUAGAAGACUAUAUGUUGAUUGGUUGCUCUGGUGCAAUCUAGCAUCUGUUUUUAGUAAAUAAGCCCUUCGGCUUCUAACCGAUAAACAGGAGCUGCCAUAUUGUUUUGAGCAGCCAAAGCAUUUUUUUUACAGUUCAGCUACACUCCUUAUGGCCAUGCAGGGAAGAUAAAGCCAUUAAGGAAGGAAUAUGUUCUGAAUAACAGCUGAAAAUAAACCUGGGCCAUGUUAUGGGAGAUUCAUCUAUUUUAUAAGGGUAUAUUUAGCCUUUAAUCUGAGUAACUGAGAAGUUGUUCCCCCUUCAAUUCUGCUUUUGUUAUUGUGUAGAUUGCGUAAUUCCAAGACAAUUUUCAUCUGGUCACCAUGUUUUGUAGUUUUUGAACGAUUUGGUUUUGUUGUUUUGCAGCUCUCAGACUUGGGAUUUAAAUGGUUACCUGGUUGCUAGGGAAUAAAUACCUAGCAACCAGGGAGUGGUUUUAAAAUCAGAAUGCCAGAUGAAUAGUAGAGGGACUGAAUGUAAAAAUAAGCAAUAAAAAAAAAGAAUCGCAUUGAAAAUGUUCCUGUUCUAGAAAUAGGCGGAACAAGAAAGUUAAUAAACCAAAAACCCAUACAAAAUACAUAACGAUGGCCAAUGGGCAGGUUGCUUGGAGCAGGUCAGUCUAUAACAGACUAAAGUUUAAUGUAAAGGGGAACUUCCCCCCUCAAAUGCAAUGUGAAAAACAGAAAUGAAUUCAAUGUGAAGUUAUGGCAUAAAAUUCCAAAGAUAAUCAAAUAUAACAUGAAAAUAGCAAAAAAAAAA